AUGAUAGUAUUUUGUGCUAAUUCAUUGCCUUAAGUCAUUGCAAAUUAAGGUCUCCGAUAAUUCUAGGUAAUUUUAUAAUCUUUGAAACCUUAACUGAUACUUAAUCAAUGUGGAGGAGAUAUUGAAACACGAGCACAAUAUUUUAAAAAGCAUUUAAGUAAAUUCAAUGAACCAUUUCAUUUAAUUGGUUAUGGGAUUGCUGGAUUGGAUUUAAGAUAUGUUUUAAGUCAAAACGGCGAUAUUCGAGCCAAAUCUUUAAUUACUAUUGGCACACCUCAUAGGGGAUCAAUUUUAAGUGAUUUGUAUAGAAGAAGGAGAAUUGAAGAUGAUGUUAUUGAACCAAUUUGCAGAGUAUUAGGAGUUAGAUAUAAUUUCUUUGAGGAAAUUAAUAGUGAAAAUAUUAGAGAUUUCAAUUUGGUGGCCACAAAUUAAGAAGCUAUCAAAUAUUUUAGUUUGAAUGCAGAGACAGAAGUUGGUUAGAUGUCUUAAAUUUAUCAAGCUAGUGGUACUAUCAUAGAAAGUGAAAAAGAAUAUCCAGUAGAGAGUGGAUCAGAUGGAGUCUUUGCUCAUAAUGAGACGAAAUGGGGACAACACGUUGCUACUCUGGAUUGUGAUCAUGGGGCAAUGAUUGGAAUACCAAACUAGAGAAAUGGGGAAUAAACUGUGGAUAUAAUUUAAUAAUUGAUCUAAGAUUUAUGA